UGAGCUUGCAUACAUUUGCUUGCUCUUAUUUUAAACACAAUUCAUCUUGGCCGUAGCAUCCAUGAUCCAGCUAUCGGCAUCAGGAGACCAAAUAGCCACAAUAUUUUCAGGACAAACCUCCGUUUCAAGGGUAGCAGAUAUUUGACCCCACCACACCGUCGAUCGACCACAUUUGAAGGCUGUCAGAGCAGGACAAGUAAUACCCUAAUCCACCUUGCUGUUGAAUGAUGUUCCGUAUCGUCUCGCACGCUUACUUUCUCAAAAGGGCCCCAAGUUUUGGUUACUGAAUGCAAAGGCCCACACCGAUUCAAUCGCUCAUCCCCUUCCCCCCCAAGACGAUUGGUUCCAGGACUUAAGAUGGACAUAAAUGGCAGGGUUUGGUCGGAAGUGACAUGGAAUCUAGUGUUUACCGUCAUUGUGAUCGGGUUCGGAUCGGGUUUCCAACACGGCUACAACACAGGUGUAUUGAACGAGAUCCAAAAUGUCACGACCACUUGGAUUCGCAAUUGCGAGGAGCCAUCCUCGUCCAUUUGGGAGAACCGCGAGGUUUGCGACUACACUUGGAUGGAAACCACUUUCAUUUGGGCCCAGAUCGUGUCCACAUUUUGUUUGGGAGGCAUGAUGGGUGGGUUGGCUGUCGGAAUUAUGUCCAACAAUUGUGGAAGAAAGUAUUCGUUGCUUUUCAACAACGUAUUUGUCUUGGGAGGCGGGGCCCUCAUGUUCUUCUCACAAUGGCAACAGUCCUAUGGUAUGUUGAUUGGAGGCCGAUUUCUCAUCGGAAUCGCGGCUGGAAUCGCGGCGGGUAUCACACCCAUGUAUUUGUCCGAAAUUUCCCCUCGAUCCGCUCGCGGCGCCAUCGGUACCGUCUAUCAGUUGGCCAUUACGGCCACGAUCCUUUUGUCGCAGAUUCUCGGGCUUAAGUCGGUUAUGGGCACCGAUGAGUUGUGGCCGUUCCUUUUGGCUGUCACUAUUAUACCCGGCUGUGUUCAACUGCUUAGCCUGCCUUUCUGUCCGGACUCGCCAAAGCAUCUUUAUCUGGAUAAUGACGAUUCGACCCGGGCCAAAGAAGCGCUUCAAUGGCUUCGAUGUCGGGACAACGUGUCCGAGGACCUUCAGGAGUACGCCGAUGAGAAGGAUCGCGAGACCGGAUUGGACGAGACCGGGCAGAUCUCGACUAGCGACCUGUUGACCAAACGGAAAUGGCGGCGUCCAUUGAUCAUAGCCGUUAUGCUCAUGUUGGCUCAACAAAUGUCGGGCAUUAAUGCCAUCAUCUUCUAUUCCACGGACGUUUUCAUAAACGCCGGACUGACCCAAGACACCGCCCAAUAUGCUACAUUGGGCAUGGGAUUGGCCAACGUUUUGGUGACGAUCUUAUCCAUUGCCAUCGUAGAACGCUUUGGCAGAAAGACUCUUCUUUUGGCGGGCCUAUCUGGCAUGUUGAUGUGUACCGCGGGCCUUUUGAUGUGUCUCAAACUGAACCAAAAUGCGGACGUGGAUGAACAGCCGUCGAUGGUAGCCUCUCUCUCCGUGGUCAUGGUGGUCGGAUUCGUGGCCUUUUUUGCCAUCGGUCCCGGUCCCAUUCCGUGGUUUUUCGUCUCGGAGCUCUUUACACAACGAGCUCGACCGGCUGCUAAUGCUGUGGCGGUUGGCGUUAAUUGGGCGGCUAAUUUUUUGAUCUCGUGGAGUUUCCAGCCCCUUUCGGCCUGGCUAGGCUCAAAUGUCUUUGUGAUGUUUGCAGUCCUUCAAGUCAUCUUUAUUGUCUACAUCUGGAGGUUCGUGCCCGAAACCAAGGAUCGGACCGUAUUGGAAAUCCUGGCUCUCUUCCAAUGAUGGCAUCUAUAUGUAAGUCUACCAAUAAAUUGAGAAUUCUCGUUCUGUUCUUGUCAAUCAAAAUAA